AUUUUUGAGUGAUAAUUCCACAGACAUACAAAAUCUUUGGAAACCUCAACGGGAGAUUAUGGAGUCACGGAGCAAUAAAAGCGGCAGCAGCACUGACCCUCCCCCUAAACAAGAAGCUUCACCACAACAAGCUGCUGGUGGCGCACAUGGGACCUCCUCCUCUCAGCCUCACCCUCACCAUGUCUCAUUCAUGGGCUCCAUCUCCAACCAAGUUCCCCUUCCCUCUUCCACCUCUACUACUUCCACUUCUUCCCUUGCUAAACCACCUGCUGCCAAAAGACCCACCAAAGACCGUCACACCAAGGUCGAUGGCCGCGGCCGUCGUAUCAGGAUGCCUGCCGUCUGCGCCGCCCGAGUCUUUCAACUCACCCGAGAAUUGGGUCAUAAAUCCGACGGUGAAACCAUCGAGUGGCUACUCCAACAAGCUGAACCCUCCAUCAUAGCUGCGACGGGGACGGGGACUAUCCCGGCCAAUUUCUCCACCCUCAACGUUUCGCUUCGCAGCAGUGGAUCAUCCAUCGUUUCGGCUCCUUCGUCUAAGUCCGCGCCUCUCUCUUUCCACAGUGCUUUAGGCUUUUACAACAGUAACGGAGGAGACGACAGUGCCAACAAUACUGCCAUGCUAGGGUUUCACCAUCAACUUUACCCUCAGGUUCUUAACCCUAACGACAACUACAAUAGAAAGCCAUUCAGGGAUGAUCUUUUCAAAGAAACGUCCCAACACAAUACCGAAACCGGUGUUAUAGACGCAAAUUCCCCUAAACCGGAUAGAACCGGAAUGCCAGAACAAGAACCCGGUUCGUUCCACUCGGACAACGUCAUGCCAACUCCAGCUAUGUGGGCCGUCGCACCGGCCCCCACCAAUGGAGGUAAUGCCUUCUGGAUGCUUCCAGUAGGUGGUACUGCCACCACAUCAGCCACCGUACCAGAAGCACAUAUGUGGGCCUUUCCGGCUCAUUAUUCGGGUGGUAGCGGUAGAGCAAAUCCGGUUCAGCUGGGUUCGAUGAUAUUGCAACAACAUCAAACCGGGGGUCAUCAGCUCGGUUUAGGAGUGACAGAGACCAACAUGGGAUUACUCGGCAGUACCGGAAUCAACGUUUACAGCAGCAACAACAACAACAACAACAACAACAGAGUGGAUUUAAAAAUGAAUUUGGAUCAAGAGAAUCUAACUCAAGGCAGUGACAGUGGAGAUGAAAACCCAGCAACAGAUUCUCAAUGAUUAAA